CACUGAUCGGAAAAAGGGGAGUGCGAGAGCAAUUGAUUUUUUUUGUGGAAAAGUUGAUUAGUGGGUCCCAAAUUGGUGGAAAAUUUUUCGUAAACAGCUUAGUGCCAAUUGUGCUAAGAACGAAUUUUCAUAAAUACAAGGUUUUGGGACUAGGCAGUGCACACAAUGAUUGGUGGUUUGUUCGUUUACAACCACAAGGGUGAGGUUUUAAUCUCCCGAGUUUAUCGCGAUGACAUCGGACGCAACGCCGUGGACGCCUUUCGGGUCAACGUCAUCCAUGCUCGGCAGCAGGUGCGCUCUCCAGUGACCAAUAUCGCUAGGACCAGCUUUUUCCAUAUAAAGCGUGCCAACAUUUGGUUGGCUGCGGUCACUAAGCAAAAUGUUAAUGCUGCCAUGGUAUUUGAGUUCUUGCUAAAGAUCAUUGAGGUGAUGCAGUCAUACUUUGGUAAGAUCUCCGAGGAGAACAUCAAGAACAACUUUGUGCUCAUUUAUGAGCUGCUGGACGAGAUUCUAGACUUUGGCUAUCCGCAAAAUACGGAUUCGGGCACCCUGAAGACGUUCAUCACGCAACAGGGCAUUAAGUCGGCCACCAAGGAGGAGCAAAUGCAAAUAACCUCACAAGUUACUGGUCAAAUUGGCUGGAGACGUGAGGGCAUUAAAUAUCGACGAAACGAGUUGUUCCUGGAUGUGCUCGAGUAUGUCAAUCUGUUGAUGAGCCCACAGGGUCAGGUUCUGUCCGCUCACGUUGCCGGCAAGGUUGUCAUGAAGUCUUAUUUGUCAGGCAUGCCCGAGUGCAAAUUUGGCAUCAACGACAAAAUCGUUAUGGAAUCCAAGGGCAGAGGAAUAUCCGGCAAUUCGGAAGCAGAGACAUCGCGCUCCGGCAAGCCAGUGGUUGUGAUUGACGAUUGUCAAUUCCAUCAGUGCGUCAAGCUAAGCAAAUUCGAGACGGAGCAUUCUAUUAGCUUUAUACCGCCAGACGGUGAAUUUGAGCUAAUGCGCUAUCGCACAACAAAAGACAUUUCAUUGCCAUUCCGUGUUAUACCGCUGGUGCGAGAAGUGGGACGCACAAAGAUGGAGGUGAAAGUGGUACUCAAGUCGAAUUUUAAGCCAUCGCUGCUUGGCCAGAAGAUCGAGGUGAAAAUCCCAACUCCACUCAACACUUCGGGCGUGCAAUUGAUUUGUCUAAAGGGCAAGGCCAAAUACAAGGCCUCAGAAAAUGCGAUUGUAUGGAAAAUUAAGCGAAUGGCGGGCAUGAAGGAAACUCAGCUGUCGGCGGAAAUUGAACUCCUUGAGACGGAUACCAAAAAGAAGUGGACACGUCCACCAAUUUCAAUGAACUUUGAGGUGCCAUUCGCACCGUCAGGCUUUAAAGUGCGCUAUCUGAAAGUGUUUGAACCGAAGCUUAACUACUCAGAUCACGAUGUGGUCAAAUGGGUGCGCUACAUUGGACGCAGCGGUCUAUACGAAACCCGUUGUUAAAGGAAGAGUAACUCUCCCAAAAGCAAUCGAGCAAGUGGACGACAUUAUAUUUAUAUGUUGAAUUUUAUAGAAAACGCAAGAUGGAAACGUUUACCAUUCGAAUGUUAUUGAAAUUUUCAUCAAUCAAAUUGAACAAAUGUUGUCUCGUAUUCCAAAAUUAGUUCUUCAGCAACGGGCGUUAAUUAGUUGGCCCAUCCUAUAAUGCAUAUACAUAUAGUUUAUGUAUGCAUAAUUCUGUUCUUGUGGCGAUGCAUAAUAAUACAUACAUACCAUUAUAUACUAUUAUUUACACUAUUAUAUAUUGUAAUCAUAUUGUUUAUACUACGCCCUGGCGCGCGUCUCAAAUCUCACGCUCAUGUUUUCUACUGUUUACUUUUAAUUAUGCUUUGUAUUAUUAUAUUAAAAAAAAAAUCUAUAUUAUUCUUGUGGAUAUUCAAAUUGAUCACACACAUGUAUUUAGAAAACCCUGUCAGUCAACGCUAAUAAUAUUGAUAUUCAAAGUGUUAAUAAUAAUAUUCGAAUUGUU